UCCCCAAAGCAACAGACGGUGCAUAGAGAAUCUCCAAACUACCGACCAUUUCCUUCUCCACUAACUCCUAUUCCAACAAACCUCCGACCUUCGUGGCGACGACAUCGGUGACUCCUUUUUCAUAAGACCGAAGCAGCUGCAGUUCGCGCCACUUUUUUUCAAAGAGAGGUGGCAGAGGAGGUGGGGGUCCAGACAUGACUGCCGGUGACGCUAAUCAGUUGAUUUCUGUUCAACCCAAUGACCUCAAGUUCCUUUUUGAGCUAGACAAGCCAAUUUUGUGUAAUCUGCAACUGAUGAACAACACAGAUAACCAUGUGGCUUUUAAGGUUAAAACAACUUCACCUAAGAAGUACUUUGUGCGACCGAACACCGGUAUCGUAAUGCCUCAAGACUCAUGUAUCAUCAGAGUCACUCUCCAAGCCCAAAGCGAAUAUCCUCCCCAUAUGCAAUGCAAGGACAAAUUUCUGCUACAGAGUACUAUAGUGCCACCAAAUACUGAUGUAGAUGAUCUCCCAGCAGAUACUUUCAAUAAGGAUGGUUCUAAGGAGGUAAAGGAGUGCAAACUUAAAGUUUUCUAUGAAUCUCUCUCGGGUCAAGCAAAUUCAGAAAACGGAGGAUUAAAGAGCUUCACAUCACAAACCCCCGAUGCAAACUCGACCAUACAGCACCUUAAGGAUGAAAGAGAUGCUGCAGUUCGGCAAACAGUGCAGCUGCAACAAGACCUGGAUUUUCUCAAGAGGCAAAGGAGACGUAGGAACGACUCCGGCUUCUCCUUCAUGUUCGCAUCCGUUGUGGGACUGAUAGGGAUAAUGGUUGGUUUUCUGUUAAAUCUUUCCUUGGCUUCACCAUCGUCGGAAUGAAUAUACACCGUGUGUAGGAACCAGUGAUUUUGUUCAUCGUAUAAUGCCCGAGUGUUCAUGUUCUGCUUGAUGGAGAGUCUUCCCAUUUCCUUGCCUUUCUGUAUAUUUGAUCUUUGUCCAUAGCCAUAUGUUUUUGAUCAACUGCUUUUUGUUUUUGAAUUUGUU